UUUCCACACCCUCCUCCCCUCGAGAUCGAAGGCCGCGAAAAGACCAGAGUGCCCCGCCCCUCAUCCCAGAAGUCUCCAAACCCCCUCGUCGGAAGAGGUGAGCUUAGCAGCCUUCACGAUGGCGGUGGCGGAGCUCUGGGAGACGCUGAAGCAGGCGAUCUUAGCGUACACGGGGCUGUCCCCGACGGCCUUCUUCACCGCCGUGGCGGUCGCCGCCGCGCUGUACCACGUCGUGUCGGGGAUCUUCGCGCCGCCGCCGCCUCCCCGGCAGCGGCCGCGCGAGGAGCCCGAGGCGGAGCCGCUCCCUCCUCCCGUGCAGCUGGGCGAGGUCGACGAGGAGGAGCUCCGGCAGUACGACGGGUCCGACCCCAAGAAGCCUCUCCUGAUGGCCAUCAAGGGUCAGAUCUAUGACGUCACGCAGAGCAGAAUGUUCUACGGACCUGGUGGACCUUAUGCCCUAUUUGCUGGCAAAGACGCCAGCAGAGCUCUAGCCAAGAUGUCUUUCGAGCCCCAGGACCUGAACGGUGAUACCUCUGGCCUCGGGCCGUUUGAGCUCGAUGCACUGCAAGACUGGGAAUACAAGUUCAUGAGCAAGUAUGUGAAGGUCGGUACCAUCAAGAAGGCAGCUCCCGCAGAAGACGGCACCACAAGCAAAUCCCCAGAAACAAAUGAAGCAGUCACCACCGAGGCAGAGACCGAGAAGGCACCUGAGCACAAGCCAAGGGAGGUGAGCUCGGAGGAGGUAAAAGAGAAGGAAGCCACAGCCGAUGCAGUCAGCGCCGAGAGCUAGAGCAAUCCCAUACCCCCUUGUGGUGGCAAUAAAUCUGUGUCAUACAGUAUGUAAUCUGUACCAGCACGUUGGACAUGGGGAUAUAGUGCUGGUGCGCUGUUAUUGUUAGUCCGUCACUGGAGUGCUGGAUUUUACUGGGGUAGCGGGGUGUGCAUGUGCCUCCCCUUUGUUAAGCCGUCGGUUGAUACUUUUGGGUGAAUAAUUUAGCUGCUGUCUAAAGUA